AUGAUUCCCGUGGCCAGCAAAGCCUUCUUACUCACCAACCUGGUCCAAGACAUGCAGUACGACCUAUGUGUCCUGGCUAUCUGGGACGACACCGCCACCACCCUAACUGCCACCAACGUAGUGGGCUGUGUCCAGUUCAUCACCCGUGACGACUACCCGCAGUGCCAGUCCCUCCACAGCCAGUUCCUGGGCGGCACUAUGAUCCUGGUGAUCGGUGGCAUCAUCGUGGCCACGCUCCUCGUCUUCAUCAUCAUCCUCAUGGUUCGGUACAAUGUGUGCAGCAGCACCCAGUCCAGCAAGCUGCCAGUGGUUAGCAACACAUACUCCCAGACCAACGGUGACUUGAACCGGCUCAACAGUGCCCCACCACUGCAGGUCAAACCUCAGAUCACGACCACAGUGGUGGUGAUACGGGAUGAGGUGGUGGAAUGCAAAUGUGGCUCGCUCCAGAGCAGCCUCUCCUCGUCUUCAUCUGACUCGUUGGACAGUCGCAACGCUAGAGGCAGGUUAGGAAAUGGGGACCGGUACAGUCUUCGGGACAGCGAGUUCAUCACACUCCCCAGCACCAGUAAUUGGAGGAGGCACGGGGGGCCAUCAUCGGCCAAGGCUAGGCCCAACUUGGACAACCUUUUAGGGGCCUUUGCUUCACUGGAGCUCCGGAGCUCGGCUACGACUAGGGACCAGGGGGCAUCUUGUUCCUCCACCACCACCUCCAGUUCAUUGGUGGCCGUGACCAUGGCCCCUCUGUCUGACAAGGAGCCCUUGCUGGGCCGAGCCGAGUCCACCACCAUGCUGGGGCGUUUUCUAGGCCUGCCCCAGGAAGGGAAGCCCAAGAGGAGCCACUCAUUCGACUACGGCCACGUGGGUAGCAGCGGCGGCGCACAGAGCCUCAGCAACUACCCCUGUCACAUCAGCAACAUCUGGACUAAGAGGAGCCUGUCGGUAAAUGGGUUGCUACUGCAGUACGACGACAGCGAAGACAGUGAGGGCGAAAAGGCGCCGUUCGAGAGUUCAGAGUGGGUGAUGGAGAGCACUGUUUGA